CACCAACUCGAAUUCUCGUGCAUACACACAAUGAAACUCCUUCCCCUCAUCAGCCUUGCUCUUUCCUUGAACACGUUCACCGUCUUGAACGCGCUUGCCUCUUCCGUCGUCCGAGCUCGAUCCCUCGCGACCGUCGACGAAGCUACCAAGCGUGAGCUAUUGAAUCUGCUUCCCCGUGAUCCUCUUCCUCCCGGUCAAAGCGCCAUUAUUCUGUGCGACGGAACCUCCCGCACUGGUAAUUGUUAUGCCUACGAAGCCGCAGUAGGGACUUGUAACGCCGUCCCAGACCAUUUCCAAACCAAUCUCUUCUCGUCUUUCGCCAAUCAAGGGGACGUUUGCUUCCUGUACACCACGGACUCGUGCACCGCCAACAAUUGCGAAGCUUGCGUCGACUAUGAUGGCUGGAAUGACAUGACGAGCUUUGCUGCUGUCUAUUCUUGGAAGUGUGUAGUCGCAGAUAGUAACGGAUGCUCGGACGCAAACUGCGUUCAUAAGUAGAUUUUGAGUGUUUUGAAGAGCAAUCUGGACGGUGCUUCGGUAUUUGUGAUAGUAAAUGAUGUAUAUAUGCCAUAGUGUCUGGGUGUGUUGAAUCCGGAAGUUCACCAACUA